CAAGAAAGUUGAGUGCAAUAUUCCGGGGAUGUGUCCAGUUUAUACGUCACAUGCUUUAUGUGUAUCCGCCAAUAUAGGCCAAAAACUGACCAAACAGACGUGAUCCAACAGACAGAUUAGUCUUCAGAAAGGGGAAGUCUGAGGCGUGAUUUUUGUACUGGGCUAAACUCAUUUAAAUUUGGGACUGCCAGUCUGCGUAUAGCGCGUCUGAACGUGGUGCGACUUUUGCAGGGAUAAAUAAAAAUGCGGAGUGGAAAAUCGAACAGCAGGAGCCACAAAAUGUGGAGCCGGAGGCAUGGAUAGGAACGAAGGCUGCAGGUGCGGGUGGCGUGGGAGGGAGCCGGGCGGAUAGAUUUCACACCUACAGGACCGUCACCCUUCAUAUCUUCGCCAGAAAGAGAACCCAAAGACGGCGGAUGGCUCAUGAUGUUUAACUGGGGUUUUCAUUGGUCUUGGUUUAGGGGCUGCUUAGUUGCUGCAAUUGAUUGUGGUAGACGUUGUAACACCGAUGCCACGCGCCACCCUCAACACAACAAGACCACACAUCAGCAUGACAGGCAUUCAUCCGGUGCUAAUGAAAUGCAACGGCAGGUGGGACCCCCUAGACAUCAUGUCAGAGCCCUAUUAACAGGUCCUACGGGCAACAUCACUAAUGGAAAAUAUCUUCAAUGGGAGCCUAAACUGGGACAUGCUUAUUGUAAAGGUUUCAAAUACAUCAACGGUGAUCUGGUGGUCCCGAGAAAGGGCUACUACAGAGUCUUCCUGCAGGUCACAUAUGUGGGUGGUGCAGAAACAUGUGCUGGGAUCCUCAAUGUCACUGUGCUAUACUUGCAGAAAGGUUAUGGUGUGGACGUACCCCUGCUAUCAACGUAUGACACGGUGACGUGCAACGACAAAAGCUGGAUUAAGUCCCUCCAUACGUCCGGCAUGUUUUCACCUGCAGCUAAGAGCAGACUACAUGUAUAUUCAUCUCGUGAAGAAUUAAUAGGCACUGAACAACAUCAGAUGUUCUUCGGAGUUGAACUUGUGCCCAGAUAUUCAAAACCAGAUAAAAACUAGUCUUACCCACUGAUGGAUUUCCAGGAGUGAGUAGCUACUAACCUCUUCAGCAGGAGGUUUGCUUUAUUUCAAGUUAUAAGCUGCAUUUUUAAAAAAAAUGAUUAUUAAUAACAAGAACUCACAUAGACAUACUGCUGAAUACAAAUGUAAUAAUACAUUACAGUAAACAUGUAGAUGCUCUCAGCAGUGCUUUCUGUUUCUAACACCACAUCUUAUUGUGUUUUUAUUUUAUUUUAUAUAUUCAGAGGGAAAAAACAUAGAAAGCAUUUACUAGUGUCAGAAAACUGAGUAACAGUUAAAUAGUAAAUAAAAGUUCUUUGGGUUUUGGAAACAGUAAAAUGCCAGUGUUUUCCAUCCCAACUUGCUGUCUAAUAAACAUAAUAUUCUUUUUAAAUGGGACGAGCUGCAGAGUGAAUACCAAAGCAAUGUUUUAGGGGAAAAUUUCCCCAAACAAGGUAACUGACUUACUUGUAACUAGAUGGACUCCAAAACAGUUUGCCACAACUUUGUGGCGAGUUUCAUUGUUUAGAGACAAAAAUGUUAGUUAACAAAAAAUGUUUCUUUUGGCCAGACAUCUUUUUUUUUUUUUAAUGAAAAGGAAGCUGGAGUUGUGAGAUCUGUUUGAGUCAGGUCACAUUUUUAAUAGCUGUUACUGAAAAUAGUAACUAGUAGGUCAGUCUGUUAAACCCAAAUGGGAGAAAAAUUAUAAUUUUACAAUGUAAAUAUAUAAUAUAUUAACGUGUGCUAAGAUUUAAAUAGUCAAACCUCUGCUUUAUCUAGAGCCAUGUGGAGACGGUGAUGCUGCACAACACAAAGUUGAGAAAUGAUGGUGGAAGACAUUUUGUGAAUGUAGCGCAUGUGGACGUCCUAGGAAAGCAGAUGUUAGAGGGGAGGGGGACGAGGAGGAGCAGUAAAAAUCAGAAAAAACCGGUUCAGUCCGGUCAGGGGAUUGUGCAGUCUGGAUGUGGUUUUUCGUUGUAAAUGUCUUUGAUGAGGAAGUUUGAAAAGUGUUUAAUAUUACUGGAGGUGUAACAAUAUAUUGAUCUAUCAAUUAAUUAUCCAAUAGCAUUUAUCCAUACAACAAAUAUUAAUCAAACAUGGAUACAGUAAUCAUUUAACUGUCUUUUUGCUUUGUUUAACAACCACAAUGUUUUGAAUUUGACUAGAGGAAAAUUUGUGUCGUGUAACAAUGUUUAAAGUCAGACUGUCCUAACUUGGUUAUUAUAACUAAGUUAAAAAAUAUAUUUGGUUUAGGACUCGAAAUAGGAGUAACAUUUACAGUAUGUCUUGCUUUAAUGUCUAUAAAUGGAAAUUUAUUCUUUCAGUUUUCUUUUACUUGAUGUGAACGUUUUAAGCUUUAUAUAUCUCAAAUAUGGCAGUCUGUUUUUGUUCAAAGAACAGAUUGUUUUUAUUUUAAAUAUCGGAUUGAACUCAGGAAUAAAAAGAUAUUUUAGCUGUUUUAAUAUGAUUUGAUAGGACUGGAGGUGAUAAUGAGAUCAUGUAAACAUACUGAUUGAAGUGAAAUCUUAUGGUGGUGAACUUGUGGCAAACAUCACAUCAUUAGCCGCUGAACCAAUAAGCUGCAUCGUGAUUUACACCCUGUGUUACGCAAUAAACAAGCCCACAGUGUAGCUGCCUAACCGCUUUCACCACUUCUUUUUUUUUUUAGACCAUGAUCAUAUUUCAGAAAGCGGUACGCCCCUGUUAACGGCUGCUACAAUUCUACGUACUGUGCAUGCAAAUUCAGUGUUUCCAGCUAUUUGCUCUUUGGAUACUUGAUCAGUCUUCAUGUACUGUAAAUAUGAUGAAUGACUUGUUUGUUAAUACAAGAAUUAAUUAACUUCUUUUGGGUUUUAUUUGUUAUCAGCCUUGGGGUUCAUAGUAAACUAAUAUUUAUAUUGGUUUACUUUGUUGUUUUAAACCUGUUCUUUCAUUCCACACAUCUGUCUGCACAUACAAAGACUAAGCUUAAAGAUGUUUUCUUAUUUAAUUAUUUAAUUCAUCGCUUGCUGAGCUGGACCAAUGUGACUUUUGCUACAUAAAGAGAAACAAUAUAAUAUGUGAACUUUUAUAAUUGUGUUUGUAUGUGAGUAGUGCUGUGCUUCUUGAAUAAAAAGUCUUUUUAAAAAGAAAAA